CAAUUGGAGUAGAAUUGGAGAGUGAUUGGGAGAAUGAUUGGUUGGGAGAGUGGUUGGGAGAGUGGUUGGGAGAGUGGUUGGGAGAGUGUGAUUGUGACGGUGAUUGGGACGGUGAUUGGGACGGUGAUUGGGACGGUGAUUGGGACGGUGAUUGGGGAAAAGAGCAGCGGUGUAAGAGAUUGAAAGAGCAUAAGAAAGUUAUCGAAGAAGCGAAAAGGGGAGAUGGAAAUUAA